GGCUGCGGCGAUGGCAUCUUGUUCGCCAACAACGAAAAGGCGACGAUGCAGAACCUCAACGACCGCCUGGCCUCCUACCUGGACAAGGUGCGGCUGCUGGAGGGGGACAACGCCGACCUGGAGGGCAAGAUCCGGGAGGGGUACGCCAAGGGCGGGCCCAGCUGCGAACCACGGGACUACAGCUGUUUCCAUAAGGAGAUCGAAGACCUUCAAAACCAGAUCCUCUGUGCAGCCAUGGAGACUAACAAAAUCCUUCUGAACAUCGAUAACAACAGGAUGACCGCUGAUGACUUCAGAGUGAAGUACGAGACUGAGUGUGGUCUCCGGCAGAACGUGGACGCAGACAUUUGCAACCUGCGCCCUGUCCUGGACCAGCUGGCCAGCUGCAAGACCGACCUGCAGCUGCAGUGCGAGGCUUUGACCGAAGAGAUGUGCUGUCUCAAGACGAACCACGAGGAGGAAAUGAACUGUCUGAGGAAGCAGGCGACUGGAGAUGUGAGCGUGGAGGUCAACGCCUGUCCUGGCCCAGACCUGAGGAAGAUCCUGGAGGAUCUGAGGUGCCAGUAUGAAACACUGAUGGAGCGCAACCGCAAAGAGACCGAGCAGUGGUAUGCCUGCAAGGUGGAGGAGGUGAAUCUGGAGGUCAUCACAAGCAGCCAGGAGAUAGAGUCAAGCAACAAACAGGUCACUGAGCUGAGACGUCAGCUGCAGGCCCUGGAAAUCAACAUCCAAGCCCAGCUCACCAUGAAAGAAAACCUGGAAGCCUCUUUGGCGGAAACCGAAUGUCGCUACAACAAAUACCUGGCGGAGCUGCAGAGCCAGAUCUCCUGCGUGGAGCAGCGCUUGGCUGAGAUACGCGCGGAAACCGAGUGCCAGAACCAGGAGUACAAGACCCUCCUGGACGUCAAGUGCCGCCUGGAGCAGGAGAUCCAGACCUACCACUGCCUGCUGGAGGGCGGACAGCACGACAUCAUGUACGCAGCCCACGGACGGGCGCGGGCGCAGUAA